GACAUCCCAUCACUAUUAUAUGGUGUUCAUAAAACUAUUAAAGUGAUGAGUACAAAUCGAAGCACCAUUCUCAUGUAAUUUUGUGUUUCAUUGCGCCAGAAACCGCACGGCCGCUAAACUCCAUGGCGCUGAGAUCCUUCUUCCUCUCCAAAUCCAAAUCCCAACUUCCCAUUCUCUUCAGCCGCCUCUCCUUCUCGCCGUUGCCGUCGCCGCCUUCCAAAUACUCCUCCUCCUCCUUCCGCCAAACAACUCCAUUCUGCACCCAUUCCGAAACCCCCGACCCCAAAAAACAAAACCCUAAACUAACAAACUUCUCCCCCUCCGAUUCCGACUCAGACUCCGACGCCGCACCGCCACGCCCCGACAAAUCCAAAAUCCCGCCGCCGUACAACCCGUUCAGCAAAGAGCCCGACGACCCGAAGAAUCUGCAGGAGGUGUUCGCCAAGAUACGCGAGGACGGCCUCAUGAACAGCGCAGCCAAGAUGUUCGACGGAUUGUCUCAAGACGGCCUCACCCACGAGGCCCUCGAGCUCUUCUCCCGGAUCAAGGACAGAGGCCAGAUGCCCGACGUCAUCGCCCACACGGCCGUCAUCGAGGCCUACGCCGACGCCGGCCAGGCCAAGGACGCCCACAAGGUCUAUCUGCGGAUGCUGGCGAGUGGGGUGGCGCCUAAUGCCUAUACCUAUAGGGUCCUCAUCAGGGGCCUGGCCAAGGCCGGGGCGGUCAACGAGGCCAGCAAGUACGUCCAAGAGAUGGUGAGGCGGGGGAUGAGGCCGAGCGCCGGGGCGUGUGUGGCUGUUGUGGAGGGACUGCUGAGGGCGGAUCUGGAGGAUGAGGCGACGCAGUUGCUGGAGAUGCUGAAGGCAAAGGGUGCGGCACCGGAAGAGGAGAAGAUAAGGGAUGCGGUUAAGAGUAGGAGAGGGAGCGUUCCUCGUUUGGUGAUGAAUGUUUUGUAUGGAAAGUGAAUGUUUUGAUGAUAUCAAUUGAUGACAAUUUUAAUCAAA